UCUGGGGCCUCUCUCGUCCCAAAAUCCUUUCGGUCUCUAUUGAUUUCUCCCUCCAAACCUUAACCCUAGAAUUUGUUCCCUCCCUUUCUACUCAAACUGUCUGCGCGGGACAUAUAUCAAUCAGAUUAACCGUUGAGACAAGGAUCAAAACCCUAGCUGCAGUUUAUUGCGAUCUUUUUCGAGCUAGGGUUUGAGAAAAUCUUUGUUCUCAGAGAUCAUGAAUCAGUUUGUUUAAACUUGUAUCGUUUAUGAUUCGGUUGCUGGUGUAUCGUAAUGUCUCGGUGUUUUCCGUAUCCUUCUCCUGGAUACGUGAAGAAGGGGAUCAACGAUGAGGCCCUAAUCGAAUCGAUUAAGCUCCAAAGAGAAGAUGUAAAGGCCAAGAAAGAAAAGAAGAGAGAGAAAAAACGAGAGAAGAAAGAAAAGAAGGCUAGAGAAAAUGGGGAGCUUGAAAAUAAGAAGCACAGUCAUAAAAAAAGGCACAAAGAUGAAAGGCACCAAGAAGAUGAGAAAGGUAGAGACCAUGGAAAGAAAAGAAAGCAUGAAAUAGAAAACCUUGACAAGAGUACCCUUACUGAAGAGCACGAACAUCCAGUUGGUUCCCAGAACUCUUCUGAUAGCACUGUUGACAGCAACAAAAGGCCGAAGCAGAAAUCGUACCUUGAUGGCAUGCAUAAUUCUGCAAGCAUUUUCCGGAUCCGGUUGCCUCUCCAAAGGCACAAAGAUCCUGAAGUGCUACCCAGAGAGGAACAACCUUGCCAGUUGCCAAUUCAGAAGCACAAAGAUCCACAAAUGCUACCCAGCCUAGAACAACCUUCCCGGUUGUCUCUUCAAAGGCACAAAGAUCCGCAAGUGCUUCCCAGCCAAGAACAGCCUUCCCGUCUGUCUCUCCAAAGGCACAAAGAUCCACCAGUGCUUCCAAGCCAAGAACAGCCUUCUCGGUUGUCUCUCCAAAGGCGUAAAGAUCCACAAGUGCUUCCAAGCCAAGAACAGCCUUCCCGACUGUCUCUCCAAAGGCACACAGGUCCACAAAUGCUACCCAGCCAACAACAGCCUUCUCGGUUGUCUCUCCAAAGGCACAAAGAUCCACAAGUGCUACCCAGCCAAGAACAGCCUUGCUCUGCCUCGGGAAGGACUGAUAAUGCCUUUGUACAAGGAAUGCAUGAAGCUGCUCCUAGACAAGGCAGAGAUGAGGGACAACAUCCCUGCUCUACUUUUGGAAAUUCUGGCAAAGAAGUCCCUGUCGGACUUGGUAAAGAAAAGCUCCGAGCAACUGGUAGUGCUUCACUUUCUAUAACAUCAAAAUACAUAGAGCUAAUUGAAAACUGGGAUCAACAUCCUUUGUUGCAAAGCUUUCCCAUGGAUGUUGAUGAUCAGGGAUGGUUGUUUGAGACAAAGCAGAACUGGAGCUGCGGGGCUGAUGAACGAAUAUUUGUGAGUGACAGCUUGAGCUACGGAGACUCAGCGUCUUGGCCAUGUGCUCGCCAGUUGCCCCAGUUGCCCAAGGCUGAUAUAUACGCUUUGCCCUUUACAGUACCAUUCUAAACUGCCCUUGGAAAACUGCAUUGGAAAGUGGAAGAAAGACAAGUGAGGAGCUCCAGUGAACUUUAUUCUUCAUACGUGUUCUAGGUGCAGAAAGUGUGAAGAGUUUGUUUCCGGCUUUUGUGCUGUUGUUUGCCUCUUGUGCCUGGUUGGGUUGGAAAAAAAAAAAACUUUGGGUGGUAGAGAUUGAGGAAUUAAAGAUUUCUUCUUUUUGUAGGUAGAUGGCAUCUUGAUGUAUCACAACUUUGCAAUUCUUUGAUCAAUUAUAAUAUCAUAUUCCGUUUCUCAUUC